GCUCGCCUGCCGCCACACCAGCAGGCUUCUCUACCGCUCCAGGUCGCCGCUGCCGACCUGACGUUGCUCUUCGCCUGCUCCCGACACGCUGGCAUGGCCUUCCCCUCCUGAGAGCGCACUCCUCCAGGUGGAUAUCGCUCUGUGACCAUGGCUAGCGACUUCCCUGGCGACUACAUGUUCCGCAGCCAGCCGGCAUACUACCUCGACCGCCGCCCUUCCGUGCCCUUGGACGAUGCCCUCUUCAGCCCCCAGCCCAGCGGCGGUGGCCCGUCGCCCUCAUAUUCAAUCGGCACCGGCAGCAAUCCCACAGCGUCGCCUGGUGCUACCACCGUGGUAGCCAACACACCUUCGCAGGCAUCCGUCGUUUCUCCAGAGCCCGUCUCGGCCUCGCUCGCCGCACCUCCGCCACCUAUCAAGAACGAGCCGCAAGAUGCAUCAUCCGCCGUCGCUCCCACCAAAAGGCGCAAAUCUGGCCCUGGCCGGCCUGCCACGGCUCGGCGCAUCUGGCAGCAGCCCCUGAUGCAACGGCGUCUUGUACGGCUUUACUUGUACAGCGACGAGUCGACGCUCAAGACCAAGCAGAUCAGCCAGCUGUUGUCUGCACUGGCGAGAUUGGAAAGUGGCAACAAAGGCGGCGAUGACCGUGAAACCGAGUCGAGGAUCCGCUCCACGCAAAACGAGCUGAAGAAGCUCCUGCCGCAGAAUUAUCACGACCUUCGUCCUCAGUCCCGCGAAAUUGCUCGCGCUCGCGUUUCCAGCCUCCGCUCAGCCCGCAGCCGGCGUGGGCGCAAGCUGAGCCGGAGGCAAAGGGGCGGUGCUGAGCUGCAGCGGACCGACUCUGGUCGCCCCAUGAGUAUAUACAGCCAGACCAGUCUCACUGCAGAAGGCUACAACGGGGCCUGGCUUGGAACACAUAACGAUAUCGACCCAUCGAGGCUGGGAAGAAGCUUGGCAGGACAGUCGUCCUUGACAUUAGCUUCUGUGGCGACGAAAGACAGCAAACGGGUCCGCCUCUCUUGGCUACGCGAUAUUCUGGGUGCCUCGUCCAAAGAACGCCCGGCCUCGUCCGUGCUCAUGGAGAUUCGCAGUCUGCUGAGCAGGGGCUCGAUCCGAAGCUCAAUCGGCUCUCGAAAGUCAUCGAUAUUUGGCCGUCCCUCCACCGAUUCAAGGCGCAUGUCAAUGACCGGCAUGUCCAUCAUGACCACGGAUGACCCGGCUGGCGAGGGCAUAGAGUACAAGGAUCCCGAUACGAAGAGGAAUCUUGCAACGGCACAAAUCUGCUGCCUCAACAGUCAGGACUGUAUCCACAGGCGCGCAGUCCGUAUCUGCUCGGACCAGACGCCUGGCGCUCGUACUGUGGUUGAUUGCUCGCGUUUCAUGAAUCCCGAAGACCGCACUGCCGAGAACGGUCGGGACAUCUGGAACGAGACCAUCCUCCACCUCGUUGCACGUUGGGGCGACGAUGAGCUGACCUGUCUGAUGCUCAAUGACGUCCUCACCCAAUGUCGUCCGCAAUUGGUGAACAUCCGCAACAUUGACGGUGAUACUUUUCUGCACGUUCUGUGUCGGCGAUGGGCGCGGUGGCCCGCGGAGUAUGCCGCCUAUAUCGUUGAGGUGGCCUCGGUUGCUGGCAAGCAAGGCUUCCGAUUCCAGGCAUGCAACUCGGACGGGCUCACGCCAUUUGCAUGCUUGAUUCCAGAAUAUCCAUUCCCGGGAGUCACGGCGCUUGACGCGAUCGACACCGUGCGGAGCCUCGAGACGCUGCUCGACAUCCAGUAUGGGAACAAGCAGACGCUCUUUGACUCAUUGCUCAUGGUCGCACCGCAGGACAACAUGGUGUAUGACAGGGUCAUCAAAUUCCUCGAGGCUUUACAGUGGGCACCAUGGACCUCUGCACAAGAAGCAGAACGGCAGCUCGUGGACAACACCCUGCUCCGGUUCCAGACCCACGUGGUCACACCCCGCCCAGGCCAUCUGCAGAUCGGCAAGCCUCGGGCUAUUGGCUCACAGCUGUUUGACAUGUAUGAUAGCAUGCACUCGCAGAGUUUGCACCAGCAUAUUGAUCGUCUCGGCUCCGCCUCUGGCGACACAUAUGGCCAACUCGAAAGCGUCCUGUCGAGCGGGGCUGACCCGAACGAGUACAAUGUCCGCCGCCUGACGUGUAUCAUGCAAGUCAUAGAAAAGAUGCGCCUGUCCACGAUCACUUCGUACGUGGGCAUUCCUAUGAUUGGGCAGCUCAUUGAGUAUGGAGCCGACUUGAGACUGCGCGACGCAAACGGCAACAAUGCGCUGCAUCACGCCGUGCGUGCUCAUUUGCCUGAUGUCGUGCAGCUUUUGGUUCGUGCCGGCAUCGACGUGGAGGCGCGCAACUCCAAGAGUGAGACUGCUCUCGAUCUGGCCUUCAAGCACUACGAGCGCUACGCGAAGAUGCUGGAUAAGUCUGGAGAGCACUACGGACGGCUCCAGAGUACUUUUGUGCGCCUCUUCGACGUGCGAUAUGGAAAGAGAGUGCGCAAUACCGCCAACAACAGCGGCGGCAGCAGCAGCAGUGCCAGCAAUAGCAACAGCAAGAAAGAGACGUCGAGCGAGCCCCCAAAGCACCAGCCAUUGAGGCGUGUGGUUCGUGGUCCAGAUACUGGAACCUACUCCGAUCUGACGGCUCAGACGCGAGGACAGAUGAACCUCGGCACCGUGGAGUCGUUCCGCAAAGCACAAGCACGCAUUGCCAGCGGUGAUCGGCUUCGAAAGUUAUGACGUGCUCAUCGACCACGACAUUGCGUCGAGAUGGUCCAUUGAGGUUGUCAUAUCCGCACAAGAGUCAAACUCUACCAGGGUCGCAUGUCAUCAACUCAUGCUUGACACUGUGUGCUGAUCUCAACCGGCCCGCAUCCCUCAGCUCUUACGUU